CAGGUAACGACUCGAGAACACCGUUUUCGGCUAUAAAGACCAAAGUAGCUGCUGCAGGAUAUCAUUAGGAAAGGAUCAGCCAACGACAUGAAGUGUCUGUUAUUAAUUCUAUUCGCUCUGCUGGCCGCUUCUAUGGCAUUGCCCCAAUAUGGUGGCGGUUAUCGACCAGGAUAUGGCGGUGGCGGUCACGGUGGUCGUGGAAAGGGCGGAGGACAUAACUCUCAUGGUCACGGACAUGGCAAGGGAGGUCAUCAUGGAGGCGGACAUCAUCAUCAUCACUAGAACGUCUAAUUUUUUAACAGAUUUAUGUUCAUUUAUGUAUCAUUUAUAUGCACCACUUGAUGCAAAAUUUCAAAAA